AUGGUUGUCAAGUGGAGCAGUGAGAAGGAUCAGUUCAUCCUGACCCACAUUCUCGAAGACAAGAACAUCAAGAUCACCACCGAUGUCCUCGACGCCAUGAUCACUGCCUGGCGUAACCCUCCACACUCCACCAUUGAGAUGCCGACUAACCAAUCUCAGCCGCUGCCUUCGGCCCUCCCCCCCACCAGAAAGGCCUUCACCGAACACUUCUCCAAGAUCCGCAAGAACAGCAAAGUCUUCACCAACGGCGGCGCCUCUGCCCCUUCCACCCCCGCCACCACAAUCGCCAGAAAGAGAAAGACUCCCGCCACAAAGACACCUGCCAAACGCAGAAAGGCCAACAUUACCUCCGACUCGGAACCCUCUGACGAUGAGGCUCCUCCCACCAAGACCCCCGCCAAGCGCAGAAAGAAUGUCACUGCUGAUGAAGACUCUGAUAACGAUAUGAAAAAGGAGAUUGCGGAGUUGGGCGUCAAGGUCAAGGAUGAACCUGUUGAUGAGGAGGAGAGUCCCAGCAAGAAACCUGCUCGUCGCGGAAAGGAGAGUGUGCAGUAUGCUGAGAGCGAUGAUGGCGAGGUCAGCCACCCUGAGUAUGCUGAUGAGUAUGUUGACCAGGAGGUUGUUGCUGCCAUGAGCGCUUACCUCGAGACUCCUGACUCUGAAGAUGACGCUGAGGUUUGA